AUGAUCAAUAUUCCGUUUUUUAUCAUAACGGGACGAGCAACGAAUACACCAAUGCGUUCUCAAAUUCUAAUGCUGGCAAAUUCCCAGGCACUCAUGAUGAGUCUCAUUGAAACAAUGGUGUUUGUGAUCUGCUCAACUGUUGUCUGUGCUAUUGGUUUCGGUUAUUCACUCGUGCUCAGCUCAAAGAGUGAAAAAGUCUCGCAAGUCGAGCACCGACUACUCAUCUCUUCAAUCUUCCAAGCACUGCCAAUGUUUUUAGAACUGAUUCGACUACUAAUCCAUGUCACAUUGGUUGUGAUUCUCAAAGACACUAGUGCUAUUGCAACUGUUUCUGAAGUGGCUUACUAUUAUUUGGAUCUUACUUGUACAAUUCAACCAUGGUGCUUAUUGGCCACAAACGCAAAUAUCAGACGGCUACUUAUCCCUGCUAGAGAUUCAAAAAGCGAUGACUCCAAUUCUUCAGUGGUGAGCGUAAAUGCAAGCGUACCGAUGAAACGCACAUCAAACCUU